AUGUCUCAUCAUACAUCAACUCCACUUUGUAAUCGCUGCUCAGAGUUGAACCUCACUGCACGCGACUUUAUCGUGGCUAUUGGCCAGAGGGAGGAAACCAACCCAAGUAACGUAUACAAUCCAAUCACAUUGUCCCAGUAUCCGUGGGAGCAUAUCCUACGACAACAAAGUUGCAAUCUAUGCCGCCUAAUUCGGAUAGCCGUUGAGUGGAGUUCUCGAAAAUGGCAAAGAGCAGAGACCCUACACACUUGUAGACUGGUAUCAAAACGAGUUAACGGCUACGAUGGUCAAGAGGGUGUUGCUGAUACUCGGAUGCUCGAGGUUAUUGCCGAAUAUAGUUGGAGCGAAUCACACGAUAUAGACUUGAUUCCUGUUCAGACAGAGGAAUACCCGGCUUUUCCAGGCAGACUUGUGAAGCAAAAUUCGGUGGAUUAUAUCCAGAUUCAGCGAUGGCUGCAAAAGUGUCAGGCCGACCACGGUGAUAACUGUCGGCAUUUUGAAACCACUCGGUUCGUGAAUAUCAGACCAAUUCUUUUGGUGAUGGAUGUUCAAGAUAGAUGCCUGGUUCAUCUUCCGCUCAACUGUCGGUAUCUGGCCCUCAGCUAUGUAUGGGGAAGGGUCAAGCAACCUCAGACACUUUUGGAAAACGUGGAAGGGUUUUGCGAACCUGGAGGUUUGAGUACGAUUGCAGAGAAGCUUCCAAAGUCUAUCCAAGAUGCUAUUUCUUUUGUUAAAGGCCUAGGUGAACGCUACCUUUGGGUUGAUACCCUUUGCAUCAUUCAAGACGAUCCCAAGACCAAACAAUCCAUAAUCGACAAGAUGCAUAUCAUUUACGAAAAUGCUUACCUUACCUUAUUUGCGGCAACUGGUAAGGAUUCUAAUGCUGGUCUUCCUGGAGCGGAUCCAACUUCGCAGCGUCCAGAGCAGCCUAUUGCAAUGGUUGGGCCCGGCUUAACAUUUAUAUACCCAGCACCUUUUAUGGACAUUAAGAACUCUGCGUGGGCAACCCGUGCUUGGACUUAUCAGGAAUACUACUUCUCCAAGCGACGUUUACUCUUCGUCGACAGCAAAGUAUACUAUCAGUGCAACACCUUACGAUGGCGUGAAGACGUCAAUCAGGAACAUCUGCCAAACGGAAUAAGCUUCUACCAGGUCAAUUUUGCUGGUGAUCGAAUGGAAUGGGACCCUCCUCGCACGCGUAAUCAUCCAAACGCCCCAAACAAAUCAUUAAAUCGUUAUCAUUAUAAACGGUUGGUUGAAACUUAUCUUGACCGCGAAUUGACUGUGGAUGGUGAUAUACUUAACGCAUUCGCCGGGAUUACAAAUGAAGCAGCUUACGGUGGUCUAAAGACUUUCUAUGGUCUAACACAAUCAUGUUUUGGUUUGGAUAUUUUAUGGAAACCAUGUAAAUGGUUGACUAAACGCCAUGGAUUUCCAAGCUGGUCCUGGGCUGGCUGGAAGGGGUCUAUUGUACAGCCGUCGACCCAUAAAUUCCCAUCUGAAAGGGUGUGGUUGCACAGAAUGUCUUGGAUUAACUGGUAUCGCUUUAACGAAGUCGAUGGAGUUUUUCACCUCGUUGCAUCGGGUAGCAAACCAGAGCUGGAAGAACAGGUUCGAGCUGAGGAGGCGAAAUCUCGUGCGAGGGAUGCGAGAUUAGAAAGAGAUCGUCAGGAACGGGACUUGGACGAAGUCGAUAAGGACACGACAGAUCCUACCAGGAGAGAGACAGUUUCAAACUCUGCGAAUAUAGUGACCCCUUUACUCGCCAGGUUGAGCCUCAACUCUGCAGACGAAGCAUCAGAGACACGUAUAUCACCGUUUCCAUUGAACCUUAUUCCUACAAUAGACAAAUCCACGUUGCUAUUUCGGACAUUAACAACGUACCUAUCUAUUUCGGCACUAAAACCUAAUUUAGAGAAGGCCAUUUCUCCCCGCGAUGACCACUUAGCUUUGCCUUCCGCUCCAACUCUUCAACUUUAUACUAAUGAUGGUAAUCAUGUGGGGACUGCAUGGGUUUAUUCAGAGGACAUAUACAAUGAAAUCGUUGAAAACGAUAUGUUAGGUGGAGAUAGAAUGACAGUUGAAGUUGCUGUUGUUGCUGCUCCGGGUCAAGGAGAUUGGCGUACCAGAACGGAAAAUCCAACAACAUGGGAGUACAUGCAAGAGCUUGUCAGAGCUGGAAUGAAUGUUGGAAAUGUUUAUGCUAAAUAUCAAAAGAAUCUGGCUUACGAUAGGAUGGUUGGUGAGAAUUACAUUGCUGUGCUUACCGAAAAAGAGCAGGAUCCACGAUAUAGAGGCGUCGAUGGCGUUGUUGUGAAAGGGUAUGACUUUUGGGAGGAGGUAUGGGUGGAGCUUCCAGAGCGAGUUCGAGCCGCCAAUUUCCCUGGCCACAGUGAGGAGUUGUUGGCUCGACAAAUAAAGUGGUUGCAACGAGAUGUUACAAGUCGAGUUGAUGACUCGGUACUUUUCUUCCAAAUCAUGCUUAUCGGGCGCUUAGGAAAUGGACUGAAUAAUGGAAGUGGAGGCGUCAAAGAAAAGAUAGGCAUAGGAGAGCUGCGUGAAGACUCGUUAGGAAUGCUGAAUGGAUUAGCUAUGCGAGAUGUACUUUUGAAGUAA